AUGUCGGAAAAGAUUCUCAUAAUUGACAAUGGUUCCUACAAAUGUCGUGUGGGAUUUUCAGAUUCCACUACUCCCUUGUUUGAGUUUAGAAACCUGAUUGCUAAGCCGCGUAAAGACAAAAAGAAAGAGGCACCAACUGUGGCGGAGAAUACCUUUCAAAUUGGCGAUGAAAUUGAUAUUGAUGCCAUGCGACUACUACUCAAAACACAAUUCGAAAGAAAUGUUGUAACACAUCCGGUGUAUCAGGAACAUAUAUUUGAUUAUAUUUUGAGUAGGAUAACCCCUGAGGGUCAUGAUUGGCAACCACAAUCCAUACUAAUUACUGAACCAUUGGCUAAUCCCACAUAUUGUCGGCAGACCAUGAAUGAAUUGUUCUUCGAAUGUUAUGGCGUUCCCUCCAUGUGUUAUGGCAUUGAUUCUGCCUUGGCCUGGCAGCACAAUCGCUUGCCCACUGAAGAAAAUAGUUUAAUUGUGAAUUUUGGCUAUCACACAACACAUGUGGUGCCCAUUCUCAAUGGCCAGUUGCAACAUGACAGGGUACGGCGCUUAAAUUUGGGUGGCUAUCAAAUGAUUUCCUAUUUAUAUCGCCUACUACAAAUGAAAUAUCCCGCCCAUUUAAAUGCCAUAUCAUGGACACGAAUGGAAGAUAUUUUCCAUAAUCAUAGUUCAGUGGCUGUGGAUUAUUUGGCGGAAUUAAGAAAAUGGGAUAAUAUGGAUUAUUAUAAUGCGAAUGUGAAAAAGAUACAAUUGCCAUAUACGGCUCCGGCGGCACCCAAUACUUUGGCUGCUGAGGAGAAAUUGAAAAGGCGCAAGGAAAUGGCCAAGCGGUUAAUUGAGGCCAAUCAAAAGAGGUUGAGAGAGAAAAAGGGGGAGGAGUUUGGUUCUGAUACCCCCACACCUGCACCCUCAAGUUCUUCAACAUCUAGCCGCAAUUCCAAAUAUCAACCCCCUCCCAAUGUUUCCCUUGAAACAUGGUUGGAGGAAAUUAAGAAAAAACACAAUGACAUUGUGGAGAAGAAAAGUUCUAGGCAAAAACGACGCCAGGAGAUGGUUAAACGUCACACCUUGGCAUCACAAGAACGUAUGCGUAUUAUAUCACUGCUUGCAUCCCAUGACAAAGGUUCCGAUGAAUUUGGUAAAGAUGACAAAGAUUGGGAUGUCUAUAAGAAAAUAAGUCACGAAAAUGAAAGUGACAGUGAUGCAGAAAAUGAAAAACUUAUGGAAUACGAGGGCAUCAUGAAAUAUCAUCAGGCUUCGAUGGCAAAGGAUGCGGAACCAAUUGAAAAUACAGCGGAAUUAUAUCAGUUACAUGUUGGCGUUGAAUCCCUACGGGCACCGGAAUUAUUAUUUCAACCCAGUAUGAUUGGCAUGUAUGAAACUGGUGUGGCGGAACUAUUGAAAUUUGUUUUUGACAACUUUUCGCCCGAGGAUCAACAAACAUUAGCUGAUAAUGUCUUCAUAACAGGUGGCUGUUCACAAUUACCAGGUCUCAAAAAUCGGUUGUUAAAAGAAUUACAAGAAAUGCGACCAUUUCAAUCAUCGUUCUCUAUAAAAGAGAGUAAAAAUGCAUCACUCGAUGCUUGGCUGGGUGGCAAAGAUUUAACAAACUCUCCGCAAUGGUCUUCAUUUUUAACAACACGGGAAGAUUAUAUGGAAAAGGGUACGGAAUAUUUUAAAGAUUAUCAUUUAAGUAAUAAAUAUUUGAUUACACCCAGAAAUGUGGUGAAUAAUACCUAAAGAA